AUUAAAAGACAAUUGAUGAUGUAUGAUGUAACAGGUUUACAGGUAAAGCAAUAUUUAUCAUGGUUACCUAUUUAUAACAUAACCCACCCAGUAUAUACAUUUUUUAAAGUAGAUAAUCCAAAUACCAACUAUCACUAUCAAAAUAGUUCAAUUUGUGACGACUUUGUUUGGGCAUCCUUCAACACAUUUUACCAAUUGGGUGGUAGUUUAAUUGGAGUUCAAUCCAAUCCAGAUAGAGACGAAGUUAGAUUAUUUACUGAUGAUCCACCAAUGCUUGUAGAUCAAAAUAAUUCAACACAGAUGAACGAAAUUGCAAAAUUUUAUUUAAAAAUGGAACAAAUUGCAAAUAUAAAAAAUGAAACACUCGAAGAUAUGAUUAUAAAUAUUUUAAAUGUUUUCCAAGAUACCUUUUAUAUUUACAAUGAUGGUCAGUAUUUUAAAAUGCUUCUAGACCAAUCAAAGCCUCUAGAUUUCAGCUAUAAACCAUCUCCAAUGCCAUCUGGUCCUCAAAACCCCUCAUCAAUAGAGACUUUAUCAAACUGUUAUGAUGCUACAAAUAACAACAAUAGAACAUCAUAUAAGAUAGGAAUAGCCGUAUUAUCAAUCUUUAUAAUGUAUAUUAUCUCUUAUUUUAAUUUUAUUAAAAAUUUAAAAUUAAAAAAUAAUUAAAAAAGAAAUUAAUAAAUUAUUAACUCUUUUUUUUU